GUUGCUUUUAAAAUAGUGGGAAUUAUCAGGGGUAAAAUAUAAACUUCCUUAUCUCUUUUCUCUUCUUUCUUCUUCUCCCCGAAUCAAACCCUAGAAAUUCCCAGCCCCUUUCUUCUCAGUUCUAAGUUCUAACCCUAGCCCUUACUCUUCUCAGUUAAAUUCUUUUCAUCUUUCAUUUUUUUGGUCUCGGUUAAAAACCCUUAAUCUGUUGGUUCGUUGACACUUUAAUUCCGGCCCUCCUUCACCAAAAUCUGAGGAGAAGACAUUGUUCAAAUCUUAGGUAGGUGAGAGCAAGUCGAAUGGCUCUCAGCUUAUUGCAACCAGUGGAAGUCUAAACCAACAAAGAUUGGGGAGUUACUAGGUAGUAAAAGAUAAGAUUGCCCAGCAUAACUCCUCCUCAUGGUGAUCUAGUUAGAUCACUGUCUUUCUAGUUCUCUAGUGCUAGCCAGUUCUAGGCGGUUAAGUAAGGUUUUGCAUGUCCAGACCGAGAAAGAGAGUGAGAAUUGAAAACCAGAAUCUUUCAUAUGAUGUAGUACUACGACGCCAACACCGCGUUAUCCAGGGUUUCUCUCUGCACAUUAGUGAAUAAUAAUAUUGUGCAAAUGGGUCGAGGGUCUGAUUCUGAUUCUCCUGCAAAGGGAAGAGGGUCUUCUAGAAGGAGGAGUCCAGUUCAAAGAGAAAGAUCCCCUGCUCCGCGAAAAAGCUCUCCAAGAACUAGGUCUCCUGUUAGGACCAAUUCUUCUCAUAGAACUAGGUCACCUAUUAGAGAAAAAGAUAAAUCCUCCAGUCGCGGCAGGUCUCCCAGGCAUGAGAGCACACGUUCUCCAUCACCAAGGACUAAGCGUCUGCAAAGAGCUCAAGCAGACAUGGAGGUUGAUAGAGUAGGUGAUAGAGAACGUGAAGGCAGACGGUAUAAUAGUAGUAGUAGGGAAGGAGACAAAGAGAGGCACAAAGAAAGAGGUGGAGAUAGGGAAGAAGAUAAAGGGAGGCGCAUGGAAAGAGGUGGAGAUAAGGAAGGUGAUAAAGAGAGGAACAGGGAAAGAGGUGGAGAUAGAGAUCCUCGUAACAUAAGGGAGAGAAGGUCGAGGGAAACUGAAAAUGGGGGCAACUCUAGAUCAAAACACAAGCAGUCUACCUCGCCAAUUGAUCAAAGCAACAGGAACAGAAACGCUUCCCGCUCACCUCUUAAGUGUUUCAGGAGCAGAGCACACGACGAGUUACCUAACUCAGAAGGAGAAGACCAUCGUGGGGAUGAGGGUGAUAUUUCAGUCGCCAAGAUGAAGGCCGCUGAAGAAGCCUUGGAAAAGCAAAAGCCUUCAUUUGAGCUAUCUGGGAAGCUUGCUGAAGAAACUAAUCGUGUAAAAGGCGUGACACUGCUCUUUACUGAACCUUCGGAUGCUCGCAUACCAGAUGUAAGAUGGAGGCUUUACGUCUUCAAGGGUGGUGAAGUGCUUAACGAUCCCUUAUACAUACACCGAAAAACUUGUUACCUUUUUGGAAGAGAAAGGAGGGUUGCUGAUAUUCCUACAGACCAUCCCUCCUGUAGCAAGCAACAUGCUGUCAUCCAGUAUCGGCUAGUAGAGAAAGAGCAACCUGAUGGCAUGUUAAAAAAGAAAGUUAGCCCUUACAUAAUGGAUCUUGGGAGCACGAACGGAACCUUCAUUAAUGAUGAUCGCAUCGAGUCUCAACGCUACUAUGAGCUAAAGGAAAAAGACACGAUUAAGUUUGGCAAUAGCAGUCGAGAAUAUGUUGUGUUGCACGAGAAUUCAGCUCAUUAACUAAAUACUGCAUUAGCACUACUCUGUGUUCGGCUGGUAGACGCGGAUUGCAAUGGGGAUUUUCCGUUUAGACGAACUUAGUUAGUAUUGCCAUCUAUUCAAGUGGGACCAGGAAGGUACAGAUGUUUGAGAUACUCUUAAACAAGUCUAUGUUUUCCUUAUAUAAUCAGUUGACAAUCGUAACGUCCGUUGUUAUAGAAUACUUUUUGAGUUUUGCUGACCUCUAUAGCUGAUUUUUGACACUGUUAAUUCUUAAUAUGGCUAAGUUUAGGUUUGAACUUCCCGCA